AUGUCGACCAAUCCCGGAUCCGAAACCUCCAUUCUUGACCAAUCCCCGAAUACAACCCCACUUGUCAACAUGUUCGGACAAUCAACCCCAAAGUCAAAUUCCACCAACAUGGACAAUGCAGACACCAAAGAUACCGCUGCAAAUGCGAAGAGGAAGGCGCCUGUUGACGAUGUUCACCGUGGGCCGAUUGACUUCGAGCACAUCACAUGGGAAGA